AUGGGCACCGCCCAUUCCAAAGCUCGGUGGAAGGCGGGCGCCCGGGUGGUGAUGAUGGGUCUUGACUCAGCAGGGAAGUCCACCCUCCUGUACAAACUGAAGAGCAACCAGCUGGUGAAGACCUCACCCACCGUGGGCUUCAACGUGGAGGCCCUGGAGAUACCCGGGCAGCUAUCCCUGACCCUGUGGGACAUCGGCGGUCAGGACCAGCUGCGCUGCCGCUGGAAGGAUUACCUGGAGGGCACCGACUCCCUCCUCUACGUGCUGGACAGCACAGACCCAGACCGGUUGUCCGACGCUCUGGCUGAACUGGAGAAAGUCCUGAAUGAUGCCAAUAUGGUGGGGGUCCCUUUCGUAGUCCUGGCCAACAAGCAGGAGGUGCCGGGGGCUCUGUCGCUCCUGGAGAUCAAGAGUCGGCUCAACCUGGAGCAGUUCAACAACCACAACUGGGAGCUGAGGGGCUGCAGUGCCCUCACAGGCGAGGGGUUGGCAGAGGCUUGGCAUGCCCUGAUCAGACUGCUCAAGUCCCCCAGGCGCAUGCCUCCACCAUGAGGAGCUGAAUCCAAGGGGCAGUAACAUAUGGCAUUGCUUUGUCUCUGUAACUUAUAGACAAUCUCGGUGAAAUUUGAAAUUAUGGGGAAGGUGGCGAGGGAGCAGUGCUUUCAUGCCAUCUCUACUGCAGCAGACUUAUAUGCUUGGACCCUGAAACCCACUCAAUUUUGCCAAGAUGAACAGGCAUUUCGGGGAUCUGGAAAGGCAGUGAAAGAGAAAUAGGAAAACAGAGUGGUGCUCCCUAAGGCAAGAAGGGGCUGGAGCAGAAGGGAACGUGGCAGUGGAGGCUCAGAGGGGAGGAACACUUCACCGUGCGCUGUGAGCGGGGUAGGGGUAAUUGGAUAUCAGUUGGGAGGGAAAAAAUGUGGCUCUGCUAAAGACUGGGGAAACCUUCCACUGGUACUAACUUGCUAUCCUCAAUUUGGUUCAGCUUCGUUAAUCAAGAAAUUCUUCUGUUCCUGGUUGUCAUCCUUUGUCCUCCCAAGAUUUCCCCUCAUUUGUGUGGCUAUUAAAAAUCAACUAUUUGGUGAAUUUUUUUAAAAAGCCCUUUACAUUUAUC